CAGGAACGGACUGACCAUUUGGAAACUAGGGCACUGCCCGAGGGCCCGGGGGCCGUAGGGGGCCCCAUAAGAUGCCCCGCUACCUUUUUCAUAGGCUUUUUUGAGUUUGGGCAAGGACACGGGCCCCAUGAUCCCUAUUGCCCGGGGCCCCCAUGAGUUAUCAGUCCGCCCCUGGUUUGCCACCUACCAGUGCCUCCUCAUCAGUGCCCAUCAGUGCUGCCUAUCAGUGCCAUAGAUGAGUGCUGCCUUUCAGUGCCCAU